AUGAAACAGCUGAAAAUAUAUUGCAUUAGUGACACACAUCAACGUCAUCGUGAAUUAACGGAUCGACUUAAUGACGGAGGCGAUAUCCUCAUACAUGCUGGUGAUUUCACAAAUUAUGGUGGUAGGUUUAGUCAGAAAGUAGGUGGAAUUGAUGAUUUCAAUGAGUGGCUUGGCACACUGCCAUUUAAGCAUAAAGUUCUUAUUUUCGGUAAUCAUGAACGAGUAUUAAGUGAAGAUAAAGACGUAACAAAAAUAAAACAACGAUUUUCAAAUGCCACGUAUCUUAAUGAUGAAUGCGUCGAAAUAGAUGGGCUGAAAGUGUUCGGAUCAUCAUGGAAAGUAGACCAUGGUAACAAUCGUGAUCGAUUGUGGGCAACAGUACCUAUAGGUGCACACAUUGUCGUCACCCAUAAUCCGCCAGAUGGAAAACAAGAAGCGAUUGACAUUGAUAAAUCUCUGAUGCGAAGAAUUUUACAAGUAAAACCAGUUUUAACCAUAUUUGGACACAUUCACGUUGACUACGGAGUUUGGGAGAGAGACGGGGUGACGUUUGUUAAUGCAGCGAUGAUGAACGACCACCAAAAAACGCUGAAUGAUCCCAUUGGAUUUAGACUAGAAAUAACCGACGAUAAAACAGUCAAAUUAGAUAGACUUUAA